AUGGCACCCAUCACGACGGCAUCAGACGAGAGCAAUCACAUGGCGCUCCUCGACAAGCUUGACAUGCAAAAGAUCCACAAGCCGUUCCGCAACCCACGAUGGAAGCCUGCUCAGCGCCGCAACAAGACGGUCAAGCAGAUUGUUUCCGAAGCUCAGCGCAAGGAACACCAACUGCUGCAGCAGUCGGUCCAGCCCACGCGCAACAACAGUGCUGCCGCCACUCCUCAACCAGAAGCUGCUGCCCCUGAUCCGCUGCCUGCGCAACCCAUCGUCACCCCGACCUACACGUACACGUCCAUUCAGGCCGCGCCGUCCUUCAAGCCCAAGCAGAAGUACUGCGACAUCACCGGCCUGCCCGCCCCAUACAGCGACCCCAAGACCGGCCUGCGCUACCACAACAUCGAGGUCUACUCGCUCAUCAAAACAUUGAGCACCACCCAGGUCCAGGAAUAUCUGGCUGCAAGAGGCGCACACACAAUCCUAAAGUGA